AUGGAUGCGACGCUGAAGGCGACGCUGCAGGCUCGAAGAGUGUCGUUGUUGGCGGCGCUGGGUCGGGCAGAGAGCUUUCAAGCGGAGUACGACCACGAACGGGACCAGAUGGAGGUGCAGCUGAGGCUGGCCCACAUCGAGGAAGCGAGCUCCAAGCUCGAGGACAUCCAGCAGCAGCUGGAGGACGACGAAACCGAUGAUGCGGGUAAGGUGGUACACGAGGGAAUUCGGGCUAGUUUUGAAACGCGUCUGUUCAAAAUAAAAAGCUUCCUUCUGUCCAAACAACGUCUCAUUCCUCAACCACGCAAUCCCUCCCCCCCGCACGCAUCCUCCACUCUCUCUGGCAUUAAGCUUCCGACGAUUACGCUUCCUGAAUUUGAUGGGGACUAUCAGAAAUGGUUGGCUUUUCACGAUCUGUUUGUGGCGCUCAUCCACAACAAUCCCGACCUUCCUGACGUUCAGAAGUUUCACUAUUUGAGGGGAGUUGUCGUUGGGAAGGCAGCCGGCUACAUCGACACGUACGACAUCAAUGCGGCCAACUACCAAAUCGCUUGGGACACUCUUGUGGAGCGCUACAACAACGAGUACCUGCUGAAAAAACGUCAUCUACAAGCCCUCUUCGAACUGCCACCGAUGGAACACGAGACCGCAUCCAGCCUCCACUCCCUGGUCGACGAGUUCCAGAGGCACAUCAAGAUUCUGGACCAGCUCAAAGAACCAACCGCUUCUUGGAGCACCGUUCUCGAGCAUUUGCUGUGCACACGAUUGCACGUCGACACCAUCAAUCUCUGGGAGGACCACGCUUCGACGCUUUCCAAUCCGGACUUCCAGAGCCUGAUCGAGUUCUUGCAGCGCCGAAUGAGGGUUCUGGAAUCUAUUUCGGUAAACAACAACCAUUCUUCGUCCAAUGGGGCUACCAGCUCGCAUCAGUCGCCCCGCCCCGCGUCGAAGAAACGGAGCUCGCAGCGCCUUUCGACGUACGCCUCCACCGCUAGUUCAGGACCUGCCGCGGAUUGUGCAGCGUGUGGACUCGCGCAUCCUCUCUACAAAUGCCACAAGUUUGGCCAGCUUUCUGUCCCUGAGCGUCAGCGGAUUGUGAGCAACAAACACCUCUGCUACAACUGUUUGGGGGCACACCAGGUGAGGAAUUGUUCGUCCAAGCGCUCCUGCAGGCACUGUCAACAGCGGCAUCAUUCGCUCCUUCACGCGGGACAUGCUGAUAACUCGCCAAGAACCAACAGCGGUGCAACGGCACCCACACAAGCGAGCGGGCAGUUGGAAGUAUCCGCUUCGGUCGUCUCAACCAAGCAAGAGGUCGCUACGCCCACCGAGGUCGUUCCACAGGUCGAAGUCAGCGUUCCACUUCAGCAGCCCAAGGAAAACGUGUUCCUGCUUACUGUGCUGAUCAAGGUCGUCGAUUCGUUGGGAAUGGAACACGUGGCCCGCGCAUUGCUGGACAGCGCCUCCCAACCUAAUCUCAUCACCGAUCGCAUGGCAAGAAUUCUGCGGCUCAAGCGAGCCCCUGCGAGCGUGGUGAUCCAAGGCGCAGGCCAGAUGUCAACACCAGUUCGGCAUUCCGUCUCCACCGAAGUGCGGUCGAGAAAGAGCGAUUUCUCCUGCGGGAUCAACUUUCUUGUCAUGGACAAACUGACUGCGGAGCUUCCAAGCCACAACAUCUCAACGUCGGGUUGGAACAUUCCGGUGGAACUCUUCCUCGCCGAUCCGACCUUCAAUGAACGGCAGCCGAUCGACAUGGUUCUCGGAGCAAAGCAUUUUCACUCUUUCUUCCCUAGCGCAGCUCGCAUUCACCUCGACGGUUCACUUCCGAUUCUAGUAGACAGCGUUUUCGGCUGGAUUGUCACCGGUUCCGCCAGCCAAGCUUCGUCCACACCAACCGAAACCGCACACUCGUACUCGGUACUCGCGAUGAUGUCGCUGGAGGAGAGCAUGGAGCGAUUUUGGAAGACGGAGGAACUCACAAUCAACGACAAGCUUUCCGUCGAGGAGCGAGACUGCGAAUCCUUGUUCCAGUCGACAACAACGCGCACGCCGGAGGGUCGCUACGUGGUACGUUACCCCCGCAAACCAGGUUUCGAAAACUUGCUGAGUGACUCCAAGACCGCAGCUUUGCGACGAUUCCGACUGCUUGAGCGACGGCUAGAGCGAGACGCACAGCUCAAGGAGGACUACCACAAGUUCAUGCGGGAGUAUGUCGAGCUGGGCCACAUGCAGCUGGUUGAACCUGAUGAGAAGGACAAGACGCCAUCGUGCUACCUACCCCACCACCCCGUCUUUAAGGACUCCAGCACGACGACCAAGGUUCGGGUCGUCUUCGACGGUUCAGCAGCGACUUCUACGGGAUUUUCGCUCAACCAAGCACUCUGCGUCGGACCUGUGGUUCAAGAGGACCUUCUCUCGCUCCUGCUCCGCUUCCGGAACUACCCUGUAGCCCUCGUAGCGGACGCAGCCAAAAUGUACCGGCAGGUUCUCGUCCACCCAGAGGACAGAAGGCUGCAGCGCAUCUUCUGGCGGUUCUCGCCAGACUCACCCAUCCAAACGUACGAACUACAGACCCAACUCGCCCAGGACGAGGGUCACGAGUACCCGUUGGGCGGCCCAGCGCUCGAAAGCAACUUCUACGUAGAUGACUUCAUUGGUGGCGCUGAUACGGUCGAGGACGCCAUACGCUUGCGGAAGGAGCUUACGGAACUGCUGGCCAAGGGAGGGUUCGAGAUGCGGAAGUGGACAUCAAACCGUCUCGAGGUACUGCGAGGACUGAACCAAGACCAAAUCGGUACGCAGUCGAGUCUGCAGUUUGGUCCGAACGAGAUGGUAAAGGCGCUGGGGAUUGGAUGGGAGCCCGAGGCCGACGUUCUGCGAUUCGACUCGCAAAUCAACCAGUGCAAGGGACCUCCCACAAAGCAGUUCAUCCUCUCAACAAUCGCUCGACUCUACGAUCCUCUAGGUCACAUCGCACCCGUAGUUGUCACCGCCAAGAUCAUCAUGCAGGAAUGCUGGCAGCUGAAGUGUGACUGGAACGACCCGGUGCCGGACAACAUUCGGAUCAAGUGGGAGAAAUUCUUCAAGGAACUUCCAGAAAUCCGGUCCUACCGGAUCGACCGCUACGCACUCCAGCCUGACUCCACUUACCAACUGCACACAUUCUGCGACGCGUCUAAGGACGCUUACGGAGCUUGUUGCUACAUCCGCUGUGAAGACCGACACGGCAAUGUACGAGUCACGUUCUUAGCAUCAAAAUCUCGGGUCGCCCCGCUCAGAGGACUGAACGUCCCUCGCUUGGAAGCAAACGCUGCUGUACUCGGAGUCCACCUUCACUUCCGGAUCAAGCAGGCACUCAAGAUCAAAAUCUCGGACUCGUACUUCUGGACAGACUCAGCUGUCGUACUGCAGUGGAUCCAAGCAAACCCGAACACCUGGAAGACGUACGUAGCGAACCGUGUCGCUGAGAUCCAGUUCUACACGCGCGGCUGUCAUUGGAAUCACGUGCCGACCAAGGACAAUCCGGCGGACCUGGUGUCCCGCGGGAUGACGGUGCCGAACUUCUUGAACUGCGAGACCUGGAAGAAUGCAACAAGUUGGAUCUGCUCAAACCCACGAGACUGGCCGAGGACCAACCCACCAAGCGUUCCGGCGGACAUCAUGGAAGCUCGCGUAGUCGCCGCCGUGACAGAGAAGCCGCCGCAAGUUCACCCCUGGUUCCUGCGCUGGCACUCGUACAGACGGCUGGUCCACUCGAUCGGAUUCGUCCUCCGAUUCAUCGACAACACCAGGCAGAAAGCGAGAACAACCAGAACGAGCGACACACCUGUGCGGCGUGCCCUAACGGUGGAGCAGUUUGCCAAAGCGAAAACGGUGCUAACUCGUCUAGCACAGCAGGACUCCUUCAGCACCGAACUGAAGGAACUCGAAAAGGGGAAGCCGGUGCCAAAACAGUCCAACAUCUACAAAAUGAGCCCAUUCAUCGAUGCAGAGAGAGUGUUGAGAGUGGGGGGUCGACUAAAGCUUUCCCAACUGCCCUUCCAAGCCAAACACCCAGCCUUACUCCCUGGUUCCCAUCCCUUCGCUCGCAUCCUCACCGAAUUCUACCACCAAAAACUUUUCCACGGCGGCGGGCGCCUGCUACUGACCGCCAUGCGCGAGGAAUUCUGGCCCAUCGGUGGUCGCAUUCUUGCCAGAAGCGUGGUGCGUAAUUGCUUCCGUUGCGUUAGACUGAAUCCCGAACUGAUUCAGCAGCAGAUCGGCCAACUUCCGGCUCAACGGAUCAUCCCUAGUCGCCCAUUUAGCGUCGUCGGCGUAGACUACGCAGGUCCACUGUACCUGAAGCCGAUACACAAACGUGCUGCACCGGCCAAGGCCUAUAUUUGCCUUUUUGUGUGCUUCGCGACGAAGGCCGUUCACAUUGAACUUGUUGGAGAUCUCUCCACCCCCGCAUUCCUUGCUGCGCUGCGCAGGUUCAUCGGGCGACGCGGAGUGCCAUCUCACAUUCACUCCGACAAUGGCAAGAACUUUGAAGGCGCCAAGAACGAACUUGCCCGGCUGUACACAAUGCUCACCCACGACGCCGAACAGGAGAAAAUCCACGAAUUCUGCACAGCCGAAGGGAUCACCUGGCAUCUCACUCCCCCAAAAGCGCCCCACUUCGGAGGAUUAUGGGAAUCUGCCGUAAAGGUCGCCAAGAAGCACCUGUUCCGGCAGCUUGGUCCGUCAAGAUUGUCGUUCGAGGACAUGUGCACCGUGCUCACACAAAUCGAAUCCCACAUGAACUCCCGACCACUUCUUCCACUGAGUGAAGACCCGAACGACCUCGCCGCUCUAACGCCGGCCCAUUUCCUAAUCGGAACAUCGAUGCACGCCCUGCCCGACCCAGAUCUGCGCCACAUUCCAGUCAACCGCCUAGACCACUAUCAGCAUCUCCAGCUCCACGCCCAACAAUUUUGGGCCCACUGGCGACGCGAAUACCUUCAGGAGCUGCUGAGGGACACCAAGGGUUACCAGCGGAACGACGAUAUCCAACCCGGUAGACUCGUGAUCGUCGUCGACGAACUGCAAGGACCACUCCGCUGGCCACUUGCCCGGAUCGAAGCCGUUCAUCCUGGACCAGACGGCAUCGUACGAGUUGUGUCGCUGCGAACGGCCAGCGGUGGAAUCAUCACCAGACCAGCUGUUAAAAUCUGCUUGCUUCCCGUGCCGCUGUCUCCUGAGGCUCCACACACCACACCGCAACCGGUUAGCACCGUCGACAGCUGGUGCUGA